CUGGGUCAGACAUUGGAUCGUCUGGCUGGUCAGCGGGCAUCGGGUCACCAGGCAUCAGCAGGCACCGGGACAUCUGGCGCUGGAUUGUCUGGCUCGACAGCGGGCAUCAGGUCACCAGGCAUGACCGCGGGCACCGGGUCAUCAGGCAUUGGAUCGUCUGGCUCGACAGCGGGCAUCGGGUCACCAGGCCUGACAGCGGGCACUGGGUCACCAGGCAUCAGGUCAUUUGGCUCGCCAGCGGGCACCGCGUCAUCUGGCAAGGCAGUGGGCACCGAGUCACCAGGCACGACAGUGGGCUCUGAGUCACCAGGCAUGACCGCGGGCACUGGGUCAGACAUUGGAUCGUCUGGCUCGACAGCGGGCAUCGGGUCACCAGGCAUCAGGUCAUUUGGCUCGACAGCGGGCACCGCGUCAUCUGGCAAGGCAGUGGGCACCGAGUCACCAGGCACAACAGUGGGCUCUGAGUCAAUUGGCAUGACAGCGGGCACUGGGUCAUCAGGCAUUGGAUCGUCUGGCUCGACAGCGGGCAUCGGGUCACCAGGCAUUGGAUCGUCUGGCUCCACAGCGGGCAUCGGGUCACCAGGCAUGACAGCGGGCACUGGGUCAUCAGGC